UAUGUUUUUGCUUCUUGUCAAAUUAUUAUGUUUGCAUGUGGGCAUACAAAUGACAUAUGAACGUGCUUUCCCUUUUUUUAAUAAAUAUUUAGAAGAAAGUGAAUUAUCAUUGACAAAAUUGUAUUUAAGUGAUUAAAAAUAUUGACUUGAUGUUUGAUUGAGAAGUAAGAGUUCUUAAAUUUAUUCUUUUGUUGGGGUUAUGAAUGAUAAAUAGGUACCAAUAUGAAAUUUUAAUUACUAUCUACAAUUAAAUAUAUUGAUUUAUAUUUAUUACAACUCAAGUUUCAGGUUUGAAAAUGGUUCGUGUCAUCACUCAAGAAACAUUCAAUGAUGUUGUCAAAGAGAAUAUUGAAGAGUUUGACAUGUCCCCUGAACAGGCUGUUGAAGAGGCUGUGCUACAGUUUGAAGCUCAGGGUGUUGAUUUGAGCAAUAUUAUAAAGAACGUAGCCAUCACUCAAGGCACUCAUCCUCUUAAAGAAGCACUAGAUAGGCUGAGGGAAGCGCUUGACGGCAAAAAUCAACAACUCUUCAAACUGAGCGUGAAAACAGUGCAACAGGAAUGUGAUAAAGAAGUUGCUAGUAAAAUACUUGCCGGCAAAGAGGGCGGUUACAAUCUCCUUUUAGAUUGUUUCGACAGUUUUAAGGAUGGUGACUCACAAACUCUUACAUUACAAGCUCUCCUAUCGUUAUUGUCAGGUUAUCCAGAUCUCUUUGAUUCCAAAGGUAGCAAACUUCUAAUACGAUUUUUGACGCCAGAUUGUGAUACUGAGCUCACAAGGUAUGCUCUACGAGUUUUACGUGAGUGCUGCAUUCUGCAUGAAAAUAAUCGACAGAUCAUCCACACAGACUUAUGUGAGAAUGGGCUGGAGCACAUUUUCAGACAGGGUGUGUUGAGAGAAGCUUGCUGCCUGGUGAGAGCGCUCUGCUUGGAUGAUGACAUCCGGAUUCAGGUGUCACGCGCCCACGAGCAUGCACGUACCAUGGCUAUUGAACUUCUUCCACUCCUUACCAAUCUUCUUAAAGAUUCCACUAUUUCUGAAGAAGAAGUUACAGAAGUCGUGCUAACAAUGUCAAGUCUUGUUGUUCGGAAUGAGUUGUGUGCCACAGUAAAAGAUUGUGGAGGCUUACAAAGUAUCCGAGAAAUAUUGUUCAAGCAUCAAGAUAUUGAGAGAACUGCUAGAGUGAGUCUGAUUCUGCUGAAAACGCUGGCUGGCAAUGAUGACGUCAAAGCACAAAUCAUGGCCGAUGGAAGCUUGGUUCAAACGGCUCUGUUUUGCAUUGAUCAUCAUAGCUCAUCAGCAGCUCUGAGCAGCGCUGGACUGGGACUCAUUUCGAUUCUGGCGCUGCGUUCGCCCGCCAAUAGUCGCGUUCUGGUCUCAUUGAAUGCUCCUGAACUCAUCGUCAGUUGCAUGAAGCAGCAUCCCAACGAUCGAGCGGUCCAGCAACGUGGAGCUUGGGCUGUGAGGAACAUUGUUUCAAGAAGUAGAGAUUUGUGCACGGAAUUCCUGAAAUUGGGCGUGGAGGAAUUGCUAGUAAGUGCCGCCCAAAAGCACGCCGAAUGCGGGGAUGACGUGAAGGCCGCUCUCAGGGAUCUCGGCUGCAAUGUGAAACUCAUCGAGCAGUGGACGGGCAAAGGUGUUUCCAUGAAGAGUUGAACUCAUCAAUAACCUAAACGCAAAAUUGUCUGUCUACUCACCGCUUAGCAAUAUUGCUUUCGAAAUAAUCUAUAACUUAACUGCAAAUAAUUUAUAGUUAACUCGAAUAGUUUUUAACAACCUCGCGCUAUUAUUGUAAAUUUGUUCAAAUACUGUGUAACAGUAUAUAUUAUUUUCAAUAAAAAAUGACUAACAUAAAUAAA